GUGCAGCUGCCCUCUCUGGGGCCGUCACCCACACGGUCUCCACCGCCGUCAUCGUCUUUGAGCUGACCGGCCAGAUCUCACACAUCCUGCCGGUUAUGAUUGCGGUGAUCCUGGCUAACGCCGUGGCCCAGAGUUUGCAGCCUUCCCUCUACGACAGCAUCAUCCGGAUCAAGAAACUGCCCUACCUGCCAGAGCUGGGUUGGGGACAUCAGGAGAAGUACAACGUUCGCGUGGAGGACAUCAUGGUGCGUGACGUACGUUAUAUCACACUGAACUGUAGGUACCGCGAUCUUCAGGAUGUGUUACACAGCACCAAGAUGAAGAGCCUAGCACUGGUGGAAUCAGCCG